GAUCAACAACGACAGUAACGAUCCAUCCAACAACAAAAAAAAAUGACAUUGAUUCGAUCCAUUUGUCUAUCGUGGUUGUCGUUUUUGAUGAUGGUUAACAUUUCGGUUGAAACACGCGAGAUUUUUUCACCAGUACAGGAUAUUAUCAAAAUCACUACAACCGAUCGUAUGGCUACAUUUGAAUUACAUUGUUGGCAUACUGUUAAUAAUACUAAUUGUCGAUUUUUAUUGAUUGAUGAUGAACAAAAAACCAAACAAUCCGAUAUACAAUUAGAACCAAAACGUAACUAUCAACGUUAUUCAUUUGAUAAUCUUGAACCAAAUCAUUGGUAUCGGAUAACGAAAAUGAUCGAUAAUAAUUUGAUUGAAAGUGGUCGAUUUCGAACACGAAUGUCAAUACCGCCUGUACCACAAAUCGAUGAAUUAUUCUGUUUAAAUCAAGAAGAAUUAUUAGUUCGUUGGUCUAUUUCUACCGUUGUUAACCAACAAGGUUUAAAUUAUUCAUUUCAAAUCGAAUGGUGGCCAAAUAAUCGACCAAAUCAUUUAUCAUCAACAAUCGUUACCAUUUUGAAUGUUACCACCAAUUUAAUCGAUCCAUAUGCUGUAAUCAUUCGAAAUUUAUCCAAUGAAAAUUAUCGUUUACGAAUUCAAAGUCAUCUAUUCGAUUUGGAAGAUUUAUCAAGUGAUUUCAGCUCGAAUCAACAAUUCAAUUGUAUCAAUAAUAAUGAUGAUGAAAUAACAAUCAAUUUGAUGGAAUUAAUAGGAUUUAUAUCAUUUAUAUUUAUAUCGAUAUUUGCCAUAGUGAUUUUAUUAUCAUUAAUCUGGUGGUAUCGUUACAGUGAUCAUCAAAAUCAUCGAUCCAUUAGGCAAUAUGAUUUGGAACAAUUUCAUAAACAACAAUUUCCAUUAGACGAACAAUGAUUAUCAAUUUUUUGAAUUAUGUUUUUUUUAC